AUGAAAGGCAUCACGGUUACGCUUCCGAUCGACCGCAGCGUUCCCCCGGUCAUUCAACCAUUGCGAAGAUGUCCUAUUCCGCUACUGGACAAGGUCAAAUCAAAAAUUGACGAACUCUUGGAGAUGGACAUUAUCGAGAGAGUGACCCGGCCGACCUCGUGGGUUUCUCCGUUAGUUCCGAUCCUCAAAGAGAACGGCGAGCUUCGGCUUUGCAUUGAUAUGCGACGGGCUAACCAGGCAAUCCAGCGGUUGAAUCACCCAUUGCCGGUGUUCGAGGAUUUUUUGCCCAAAUUCCGGAACGCCAAGCUUUUCACUACUCUUGACAUUCGUCAAGCAUUCCAUCAAGUUGAGUUGAGCCAUGACUGUCGGGACAUCACAACCUUCGUCACAAAUUGGGGACUGUUUCGUUAUACUCGGUUGCUUUUUGGAGUAAAUGCGGCCCCGGAAUUGUUCCAAAAUCUCAUGGAAAGCAUAUUGGCUGACUGCGUUAACGUUGCCGUCUUUAUUGACGAUAUCGUUAUCUUUGGCGCUACUGAAGGAGAACACGACGCUGCAGUUAAGGGAGUUUUAUUGGUCCUGAAGCGCUAUGGAAUCCUGCUCAACGACCAUAAGUGCAAGUUCAAACAACAUGAAAUCCGAUUUCUUGGGCACAAGCUAUCAUCUAACGGGGUGUCACCAGCUGACGAGAAAGUCAAGUCAAUUCUCCAGUUCAGACCACCAAAGACGAAAGAGGAACUACGCAGCUUCUUGGGGCUUGUUACAUUGGGAUCACAUGUCGCCGACCAGUGGACGGAUGAAACGGAAGUUUACAUUAGGCGUAUUGUUGCAGUAUCGCUGUCGACGUUCGCAGACUGUGACGAUUGCUGCACUUUCGACGUCGAAACGGAGAUAUUUAUCAGGACCAUUCAGGAAAGCGCGGCCAUUGAUAUUGAAGAGGUGAUUCAAGCCACGAUGUCUGAUAACGAGAUGAGGAAACUCAAGGAGUGUGUACAAUCUGGAAAAUGGGACAACGCAGAAAUGAAGCAGUACGCUUUGUUUCGCACCGAAUACACUGUUGCUAACAAUCUCAUCAUGCGAGGAAAUAAAUUGGUGAUUCCAGCAGGCCUACGACAUCGGAUGUGUCAACUUGCUCACGAGGGCCAUCCCGGGGAGAGCAAGAUGAAAACGCGACUUCGCGAUCGUUGUUGGUGGCCGGGAAUUGAUACGGAUGCGGUUCAAACGUGUAAGUCAUGUGAAGGUUGUAGAUUAGUUCAAGUUCCCGAUGCACCUGAGCCGAUGUCGCGCCGCUCGUUACCUGAGAAGGCUUGGGUCGAUGUAGCUUUGGACUUCCUGGGGCCUAUGCCUGGUGGAGAGUACGUGCUCGUGGUUAUCGACUACUAUAGCAGAUAUACAGAACUGGCGGUUAUGAACAAAAUUACGGCAAGGGAAACGAUCAACCAGCUCAAACGAAUGUUUCGCGUAUGGGGUCCGCCCAGAACUAUCACAUUGGAUAAUGCGAAACAAUUCGUUUCGACGGAGCUCCAUGAGUAUUGUCAACUGAACGGGAUUCACCUUAACCACACCACUCCUUACUGGCCACAGGCCAACGGCGAAGUCGAAAGACAAAAUCGAUCGCUAUUGAAGAGAAUGAAGAUCGCCAAUGCGUUGUACGGAGAGUGGAAGAAUGAGCUCGAUCGAUAUCUGGAAAUGUACAACAACACACCUCACUCCGUGACAGGAAAAAGCCCAAAUGAGCUGCUUCAGAACCGGCGUUUGCGCUCAAAAAUGCCUCAUGUUGAUGAUCUGGCGACCACACCACCGAGUACAGAGUUCCGCGACAAAGAUCACGAGAAAAGAUCAUGGGAAAAGAGGGAAGACGCUAAGCGUAUGGCUAAGCCUAGCAACAUCGAGAUCGGCGAUAACGUUUUAAUGAAAAAUCUUCUCCCAGCAAAUAAGCUAUCAACUAACUUCUUGAAGGAGAAGUUUAUGGUGAUUGGCAGAAACGGAUCAAAUGUCACGAUCGAAUCAGUUGAUUCUGGUCGUACCUACGACAGGAACACAUCGCACUUGAAAAAGGUCGUCGAUGCUCCAUCGAACACUGGCAGCGAGCCGGAGUUGAUUGUGGAGGAUGGUGAGGUUUUGCAGCGAGCUGAUGCUGAAAUAAUCGACGAUCGAGCAGAUCCAGAUCAAAAUGAACCACUUCCGGAAGAAGGAUUAUCUAGGCGAUCGAGCCGAACUCGCCAAAUCCCGCAGAGAUACCGUUGA